AUGUCCGAUGCCUCGUUGCUUCGGAGGUCUCCCCGCUCCCUUGUCUCUGCUCCUCUCACCAGCGGCGGAAACAGCACUUGCGGCGACCGCGGCGGCGGCGGCAGCCACCUGAAGCCAACAGCGCUGGGCUUUUCCUGCAAAACCGAGACCCCGAUCCGCCGGGCGCCCCAAGAAGACAUAGACAACAGCCCCCCGCUGGGCCGAGCUUCCGCGACAAGUUGCCCUCGAAGUCCGCCCCCCUUCACCGGGGCAUGGUCAAGGGUGGCUGCUGUCUCUGAUCAGGUCGCUUCUCCUGCUUCCGGAGGAUGGGAGAAGAGGAGCAGACACCGCACACAGAGAAAGAGAGAGAAGCGGGGAUUAUUGCCCGAAAACACAGGUCACCAGCUGCCUCCGUUGACCCUCCCUGCUCCCCAAGUCCUCGCGCUGCCUGCCGCCUCCAAGCUGGGGUUCAGGCUGUGCUUCCAGGACGCGGAGCCCAAGGCUAGGCUCCUGGGACUGGGCUGCGUCGGGAGUCUCACUGACUCCCCUCGCCGCACGCGCGCUUUCCGCUUUCCUGCUAUUUUCCAGGGCUCCCCGGACCCCGCAGUUGCCUCGCUUCCAUCGCCCGCAACUAGCACCGCCGCCGAGAUUUUCCGCAAUGCAACUGCAGGGGUCGUUAUUUCCUCGCCUACGGAUCCCGACGCCUUCCCACUUGGCGAGGAGGAGGGCAGGUGGGGGCGGGAGCACGAGGAGGAGGGGGAGGAGAAGGCUCGGCCAGGUGAGCGUCCGUGCUGCCGCCCGGAGUCCCCACGUCAGCGGGGCGGCCAGGCACCCGGGGGCGGAGGCAAAAAGUCCGUCCCGGGGAGGGCGGCGAGGACAUAAAGAACGGUAGCUGGGUGUCAGCACUUCAGGCCACUACCUCGGCCGGGACCCUAAGCGCCAGCCUUGGAACUCCGCCCCGCCCGGCUACCCCGCUUCCCCUCCAGGAGCUUGGAGUUUCUUUUUUUCUUUAAAAAGAACUUCUUGGCUGCUAGCUCACUACAGAAAAGCCGUGCGGGACUCAUCUUGGAAGGACUGCGCUGUGCUCAUUCCCUCUGCAGCGGAAUUUGAAGGAUUUUUUUUUUUUUUCUUUCAUAAUCCAUUCCCUGCCCUCUCCUUUUCGUCCCUCUCCUGCCCCCUCCUCCCUCUUCUCCCCCUCCCCCCGCCCCUCGCAUCCUGCUCGGAUGCCAGAAGAAGGCUACUUACCCCACAGUUCUUUUCGCAGGUUCCCUGAUCAGGUGAAACUCUUGCCCGCAAGUCCCUCACCUCCCUCCUCUCACAACGGACGCUCUAAGUCCGGGUACCAGCGGCCGCCAAGCGCGUCCCUAUCAGAGCAGCUUCGGGAGGAUCCGAUACCAUCGGAAACCCGGGCCGCCCGGGAAACGGGUUCCCCUUCUUGUUUUUUCAUUCACCGUUUUUCUUUAGAAAAGCUCUCAAACGCUUUGGUGGCUUUUGAUGGACCCCGGGAUACUCUCGGUCAGCGACACUCAGCAGCUUCCAGGGAAGGAGAUUUCCCCCAGCAAGCCCGCGCGCGCGCGCACUCUUGCCCAGCGCGCGGCUCUCUCGGGCCCCAGGGGAAGGAGGGGGCGGCGAGAGCACCACCCACCACCCAGGCGGAGCCGGAGCCGCCGGGUCCGCAGAAGGUCUAGCCCUGGAGAGGCGGUUUGGGAAUGCAGUGCGGAUGCGGGGUAAAGGCUAGGAAACCCUGCGCUCCGGACUGCUCGCCUAAAAGGGCUAGGGUUGAAGAGGAAAAGAAAAACUGCAGCAGAUUUUGUGUGCGUCUAUCAAGGCAGGAGUGGCUGGAGGAAAGCCCCAGACCUACCUCUUUUAAGGGUGCUGAAGAAGAGGAAGGCAGGACAGAGGGAAUCCCUGCAAAGAUCUAGGAUUUCUGGAGGAGCUUGUCCGGAUAGCCAAGUGUGACGUUGGGAGGUUUUGCAUAAGCGCGGAUGGACACACUCAACAAACACACGCACAACACACAGGGAAUGUUUUUGUACUUUUAAAUUGCUGAUGCUUAGAAGCCGUUUCCCUGUGAACCACGGUCUAAUAAGCAUAGAAAGGGUGAAUAAGUGGAAAGGAAGGAGGUGGGGAAGAACCAUGUUUUUGAUCUGCACUGUAGAUCCAGCGAACACAGUGAACGAGGCAUCCAGACUGUGUGGCAUCUAAGGGUGCGGCAUUAGAGCCAAAGUAGUUACACCAGAGGGCUCCCCGGAUUCUUGAAUGGAGUCUAGGGAGUCUAGAGAUUCUUUGUACUGGGAAGUCUGGCGACGUGAGACCAGGGGGAGCGUGGGGGAGGGGCGAUGGGAGGAAGGAAAGCUGCUAGCUGACUGCAGGAACCAGAGUGUGCGGUUCCCAGUUCUGCAGCCUCCAGGGAUCCUAAAAAAGAACCGCUGGCAGACUUGCCUACUCUUUAAGAAGGAGGCGUGGCCAAGGGAUUUUUUCCCCCUUCUGAGACGACAGCCAAGGACUCCAGGUGGCCAACGCAUUAAAAAAAUCGAGGCUCAGAUGAAAUAAAUCCAUGCUUUUUAGGUAGAGAACUUUGAGGCUCAGCGGGAAAGACACUGAGACUUUAGAACAUUAAAAGAAUCAGAGAUGGCGAGAAUUAGCGCAUUUGGGAAACAUAUAGGGGAGUGUUUGUCUCCGUGCCUUGAAAGUAGACUGCAUGAAAGGGAUUUUUGAGCGGAGAGAAAAAAAAAGCAGUUUGCCAAAUGUGAACAGAUCCAUCCUAGGUCAGCACCACGGAUAGCGACCUACCUUCUGUGCUUCCAAGCUGAUUCACUGCCAGCAGGAGAGCUUUCUCUCUGGACGUGCAAACAAAGUGACUGGGUUUUAUACCACACAUCCAUUCACUUAUUAACGGAUUAUGUAAAUAUCAAGUGGCUGACUUACAUACAUCAAGCAUUUGUAGUACAGUGUUGUGGUUUUAGAACGGAAAAGCAUAAUGGAUGUUUUUCAAAAAGCUUAGAGAUCGUGCCUCCCUCUACAUUUUGCCUGAAGACCAACGCUAGUAAAUAAGUUGUUUCCUUUCUUUUCUGCCUAAAUCUGCCUCUAUCAUGGUAAAAGUUUAAUUUAUUCUUGUUUAUAAUGUAGUUUUUUUUAAAAAAAAUAAACUC